AUGGCUCCACUCACAGCAUUGAUACCCCUCGCCCUGGCCGGCAUUGCUGCCGCCAGGCAAUGUUCAAACUUUAUGAUCCAGACUCCUAUCGCCUCGCGACAGGGACAGUUCAAGGAGGUACCAAUCGAAGGCAACCUCGACGUCGGCGCAUUCGUAGCUAGCUUCAACCAGUUCGGCAAGAACUACAGCGCGGAGCUUCUUGAGGGUUACCAGACCCUUCAAGGUACCUACAACAUCUCUGCGCAGUACUGUAAGCCAGCGAGCGGUAGUGGAAACACGAUCCAGCUCUUGAGCCACGGUAUCGGCUUCGACAAGACCUACUGGGAUCUCGAAUAUGAGAACUAUAACUACAGCUACGUCGACGUCGCGUUAGCCGCUGGUUACAGUACUCUCGCGAUCGACCGUCUUGGUAUCGGUAACUCGUCUCACGGAGACCCUUUCAACGAGAUCCAAGCACAAGCCGAAGUCGAAGCCCUCAACUCCAUCACCACACAGCUGCGCUCCGGCAAGAUCCCCGAGAUCAGCUGCGCAUACGAGAAGGUCAUCCACGUCGGCCACUCCUUCGGCAGCGUGCAAUCCUACUGGCUUUCCGCCCUCUACCCCGACAACACCGACGGCGUCAUCCUCACCGGCUUCUCCGUCGCCGGACAAUUCCUCGCUUACAUCACCGCCGGAUGGAACCUACACAGCGCGCGUCUCAACCAGCCUUUCCGCUUCGGAAACGCAUCCAACGACAUCAUAGAAACCAUUGCAAGCAAGUACGAUCUAAGCGACAACAUCGUCGCCAGUCUCCAGAAGAUCCUCGCAGCCGCCGGCGUAGACCUAACCACCGACGAAGUCUGGAACGAGCUCGCAACCACCGAAGUCCUCGACUUGAUCAACGGCUACAACAAGACGGUUACCCAAUACGACUACCCCGCCGGCUACCUCGCACACUCCGAUCUCACUGCCCUGCAAUACGCGUUCCUCCAGCCGGGCAACUACGACGUCGGCCUCGCUCUCGUGGCCGAGAAGACUAAGCAGCCCGUCACCACCGGCGAGCUCUUGACUAUCGGCGGCUCACCUGGCUCGUCUCCUUUCACUGGACCUGUGCUUGUUAUUACUGGUGAGACGGAUGUUCCUUUCUGUGGGGGUAAUUGUUACGGUCAGCUUAUGGGGUCUAACGCUUCCAAUAUCCCUGAGGGUGUUGGGAUGGCGUAUCCCAAUGCUUCUGCUUUCGAGUCGUACAUUCAGCCUAAUACUGGGCAUGGGUUGAACUUUCACUAUAAUGCUACGGCUGGGUAUCAGGUUAUGCAGGAUUUCUUGGCUAGUAAUGGGCUUGCUGCGGAGUAA